UAGCCAUAGUAGGGAUCGCCAACGGAGACCCGGGACGAACCGGAGUGGGCAAAUCUGACCCGCUGAGCGUGGAGUGAACGGGCAGAGAGACAGAGCCCUGGCAGAAAGAGCUUUGAUUCUACAACUAUAACAAAUAGGCUACACAUUUAAUAUAUAUGUCUAUCAGGACACUUGAUUAAAAUGAGUCGAGGAAAGUCGAGUGAUGAGACCCUUAUAGAAAUGGACCGAACUGGCGAAGAAAACAAUGGCUUCCAUGCCAGUUCGGAUAAGGAGACUCUUCAGCCUGAAAAUGCAGAGGCGGAUAAGCAGCAGCAGAGCAAGGACUCUGUGUACUUCAGAGAUGGCGUACGGAGGAUAGAUUUCAUUCUGUCUUACAUCGACGACAAGGAUGGAGAAAAAAAACAGGAUCGUAGGAAGGAGUUUGAGGCUAACUUACAGAAAAUUGGACUUGAGCUGGAGACUGAGGACAAAUCUGAGUCUGAAGAUGGGAGGACAUACUUCCUGAAGAUCCACGUCCCAUGGGAAGUGCUGGCAACAUAUGCAGAUGUUCUGAAAAUCAAAGUGCCUUUUAAAGCCAAUGAUAUUCCAGAUAAAAAAGAAGUGCCCUUGAGCUGGCUCUGUACGCCCUACCGUCUGCCCGAACAUGUGAUGCAGCCUGAGCCCGACUACUUCACCGCCACCUUUGACAAGAGCAAGAUUGACUUCUUCCUCAUCGAGGAUAAAGAAACCUUUUUUCCUCCAUCCACACGGAGCAGGAUUGUAUAUUACAUCCUUUCCCGAUGUUCAUACAGUAAAGAAGACAAGGAUAAGAAGGGCAUAAAGAGGCUGCUGAACAACGGGACCUACGUAGCUGCCUUCCCUUUGCAUGAUUGUAGGUACUGGACCAAGUCUAUUGAUGCUAACUGUGAGAGCGAACGCUAUGCCUUGUAUAAAUACUGGGCUCGUUUCAGCAGCUUUUACAAGGAGCAGCCGCUCAACCUCGUACGGAAGUACUAUGGAGAGAAGAUCGGCAUCUACUUCGCUUGGCUGGGUUUCUACACAGAGAUGCUCUCCUAUGCCGCAGUUGUUGGUCUGCUCUGUUUCAUCUAUGGUUUGGCCACCUUUGAUGAAAACGUCUGGAGUAAAGAGAUCUGUAAUGAGACCAUUGGUGGGCAGAUUAUCAUGUGUCCUCUCUGUGAUAAGAAAUGUGGCUACUGGAAGCUCAGCACGACCUGUAGCUCCUCAUGGCAAUCGUAUCUGUUUGACAACACAGCGACGCUGUUCUUUGCGAUAUUCAUGGGAAUAUGGGUGACUCUGUUCCUGGAGUUCUGGAAGCGGCGUCAGGCCCGACUGGAGUACGAGUGGGAUCUGGUGGACAUGGAGGAAGAGCAGCAACAGAUGCAGCUCAGACCCGAAUACGAGAUCAAGUGCACCCACCGUCGACUUAACCAAGUCACGCAAGAGAUGGAGCCUUAUUUACCUCUAACAAGCAAGUGUGCUCGUUCAGUACUGUCCGGGGCCACCGUCCUCUUCUGGAUCUCUCUGAUUUUUGCCUGUAUAAUCGCUGUGAUCGUGUACCGUCUGGCGGUGUUUGCUGCGUUUGCCGGCAUCAUGAAGGACAGCCCCACCAAUAAUAUGGAUUUGAUUGGAAACCUUAUCACGCCGCAGUUCGCCACAUCCGUCACGGCUUCCUGCCUCAACUUCAUCAUCAUCAUGGUUCUGAACUUCCUGUAUGAGCAUGUAGCCAUAAAGAUCACUGACAUGGAGGUUCCCAGAACCCAUGUGGAGUACGAGAACAAGCUAACGGUGAAGAUGUUCCUCUUCCAGUUUGUCAACUACUAUUCCUCUUGCUUCUACGUCGCCUUCUUCAAGGGCAAAUUUGUGGGUUACCCUGGAGACUAUUCCUACAUGUUCGGCAAGUGGAGAAAUGAAGAGUGCGAGCCAGGCGGCUGUUUGAUCGAGUUAACCACUCAGUUAGUGAUCGUGAUGGUGGGUAAACAGGUGUGGGGGAACAUACAGGAAGCUCUCGUCCCCUGGCUGCGUAACUGGUGGGUGAGCAGAAGUGCCCGGAGUCAUCCGGAGAGUCUGUACAGCCGCUGGGAGCAGGACCAUGACCUGCAGAGCUUCAGCCAGCUCGGCCUCUUCUACGAGUACCUGGAGAUGGUUAUCCAGUUUGGCUUCAUCACCCUGUUUGUGGCGUCUUUCCCGCUGGCUCCUCUGCUGGCUCUGAUGAAUAAUAUCUUGGAAGUGCGAGUGGACGCCUGGAAAUUCACCACUCAGUUCCGCCGGCCCGUAGCAGCCAAAGCACACAGCAUCGGCGUGUGGGACGAGAUCCUCAACAUGAUUGCUGUUUUCUCAGUGGUCACCAAUGCUUUCAUUGUCGCAUUCACGUCUGACAUGAUCCCUCGGUUGGUGUAUAAGUACGCUUAUCACCUGGAUACGGAGAGCACGAUGGAAGGAUACAUCAACAACAGCCUUUCAGUCUUCAACAUCUCCGAGAUCCCAGAGAAAAACCGUCCGGAGGAUGGCGAGAACCCGGACUGGUUCUACAGCUCCAACAUCACCACCUGCAGGUACCGUGACUACCGCUACCCUCCAGGACACGAGAAACAGUACACUUAUACCAUGCAGUUCUGGCACAUUUUCGCUGCCAAAUUUGCAUUUAUCAUCAUCAUGGAGCAUGUGGUGUUUGUGGUGAAGUUCUUUGUGGCGUGGUUGAUCCCCGACGUGCCGUCAGACGUGGAAGCUCGUACAAAGCGCGAGCGUUACCUCAUCCAGGAGUACCUGCACAACUACGAGCUGGAAAAACUCAAAAUCCAGCUCAGCCAGAACCAGAACGGUCCGAGCAUCGAGCCGUGCACGUGUCCUGACGCAGACGCCAUGUCAGUGAAGCUGGAGGUGUCUUCAGACUGUCUGACCUAACACAGGCCUGACCUGGAAGCCAGUAAGAGGGGCUUUCAAACCAGUCCUCUCUGUCUCAUCACACCCCACUGCUUCCUAAUAUUUCACUGAUGAUGUUGGAUAAUCUUUUCACACCACGUCCAUUGUUUGGGAAAUUCCUCGACAUAUCACUCCCAUGUUAUGUCUCCCAGAGCCCUCAUAUUCAGUCAUGUGUCCUCUAAGAGAUGCCUGCAUAAGGGGAGAGUUGGUCUAAUAGAUUAAAAGAGAUAUGAAGUAUAAUAACUUCUACGUGUAUUUAGAUAUACCUAAAGCCACAUGAGCUGUAACUCCGUUUCUAUCUAUGCAGAAUGACACUUUCACUCUUCAGGAACAAUUACUGUAGGUUUUCUCAUGCUUUCCACAUCACUGUUCUCUGUUGAUGUCUCUAUAAGACACUACAAACACACAGGACAGACUGUUUAUGAUCUGUGUGGCACACUGUGUGAAAGUCUGGCAGUUAGGUUAGAUUUCAGCCCAAAACCAAACUGGGUCAAAUAUAAACUGGGCAUUUCAGGAUUUGUGUGAUUCACUCUGAAUGAAAGCAUAGAUUAGUGUGUCCUUCACACAGCAUCAGCAUACAAGAACUCAGCGACAAACUUCAUCGCUUAGACUGCCUUUAAGCUACCAAAGAUUAAAAUGCCUUAACAUCAUAGAAAUAUUUUACAUUAUUUAAAAUCAAACAUAAAUAUUAAACACGUCUUUUUACUGUAUGUUCAGAAUUCCUGUACAAUUUUUUAAAUUAUUAUUAUAUACUGGCAUUUUUGUAAAUUUAGUGUAUUUUCUUAUAUGAUCAAAAUUGUACAAUAUUUAAGACAAACUGCCACUCUCAUUAUUUUGCAGUAUUAUGUCAAAGCUUGAUGCAGCACCUUUUUAAAAGCAUCCUAUAAUACUAGAUUUAUUUAAUUUGCUGGAAAUUGUAUGCAAAAAAAGAGGUUUUAUGGUAAAACUGAGUCGAUACAUGUAUAAAUAUGCACACUACACUCUUGCUGUGAACAGUAGCUCUGCUGUUUGGGUGACGGAGGCCUUGAAUCUUCACACACACUUUUUAUAAAGCAGUUAUCACUCUGUUCAUAGUUGAAGGUAAUCUGCAUUUUAAAGCUUUACAUUGAUGGACAGGCCACAAACUCUUCUCAAAGCCAAAGUUGCUCUGGUGAUUUUAAAGGCAAAGCUAAUGUCUUUUUAAUGUGCCUUUAUCUAAAUGCAAAAUCCAUGCUGAGUGUUUAUUUGUAUUUCCAAUUCAUUUACGGUGUUGUUCUGGUUUGUCCCUAGUUUGUUUUGCACAAAGCACUUAAUGAGGAGUAAUUUAUCUCAGUGUUAUUGAAGCAAGAUGUGUGACAAACAACCCUUGUAUUUAUAAUAUGACAAUCUGAUCAUUCAUUUGGCAUGGGACUAAAAGCUUAAGAAACUUCAAAUCAAAUAAUUAUAAUUAAGGACCAUGAACAGCUGGCAGUUUGACAUGUCUAUUUACUAAUUAUGAUGACAAAUCUUAGCAUGUGCGUUUUGCUGUUAUUUGUGACUUGAAUAUUUAAAUUUUGUAAUUCUGGAAAUGUUUUGUUUUCAGUCUCUGGUUCAAAUAUUUAGAAAUUAUUCGCUGUUUUGUGAGUUGUAGAACUGUUAUUCAUAAAGAUGUAUGAUGUUUGAAUAAUUGACUGUUGAUUUAUGUAGCUGACAGUCUGCAAGCUGUGCUAUGAGGUGAAAAGCCAUGUAUCAGUAAAACAUUGCCUGACCUUUUUGACAUUUCAGCUAGAUGUUGAAGUUAUAGAGCUGCUCUGGGUGAUCGAAUGAUCAGCGAUUAUGCCUUAACCUUUAUCUGUGUUUCUUUACAAUCACUGUUUGAAGUUGAUUUAUGCCUGUUUUAUGCAGGGUUAUUUUGGAUGUGGAUAUGAAUCUGAGGGUGAUUUUUCUGUUCUGCUAAUUUUCUGUUCAGAAAUGUUCUCAGUUUUUCAUUCUUAGGCAGACUAUUGUCACCCAAAUAAACGAUUGAAUCCAGCAGA